GAACUCCUAACAGCCAUGAUGACAAUGAUGCCCUCUCUCCUCUCCUCAGCCCUGUUGCUCUCACUGCUUCCUUGGACUUUGACUGAAGCACCGCCAAUGAUUCCCAUUGCUAUAAUGGUGAAGAACACCUUACAAAACAAACCUCUACAAACCUACAAGACUGAAGUGAUUAGUGGGGGGAUCCUGCUGGGUGCGAUGAAGAGACUCAGGGACUCUGAUGCAGGCUUCACAUUCACCUAUAGUGACAAUGUAAACUAUGGCCCUUAUCUGGAGAGUGUGAACGGUGUGACUGGGAAUAAUGAAGCUCAUACCUACUGGGAGCUGCUGGCCAAUGUCACAAACGGUGGCUUCCAAAGCACCGAAGUUGGUAUUGGCUGUAUCAUUCCCAGCCCAUAUCAGCAAAUCAUCCUGAACUUUACAGUGUGGUAAAUAUUCAUCAGUCAGAAUGCAACAGAAUGACUUCAAAGGCUAAUCCUGGAAGUGAGGAAUUGAUUUUAUAGAUCAGUAACAUGUAGCUGUUUGUUCCUGAGUGACAAUAAAUUUGAAUAAAGCAUCA